CAGCUCUUGCUUCCGCGCGCGCCGCCGCGGCGCGGGGCCGGUGCCGGUGCCGCGUGAGGCCGGCGGGACGCGCUCGGUCGGAGCGGCGGCCCGGGCGGCCCGGGGCUCGGUCUGCCCGCCUGCUGCCUCUGGAGGGGCUGGGGGCUCUUCCGAGCUUCGGAGGCACCUCGCGUUAUUCCGCGUUGCUGAGGGGGCAGGGCGGGUUCGCAGCGCUCCCUCGAGCCGCGGGCGGUGUCCGGGGGCCCGCCCGGCGCCGCGGCCGUGGCUGGUGUCUGAGGAGGGGGUUAAAGCCUCGGGCCGUGUCUGUGAUCGGUGGUUAGAUCUGAUCUGAUCGGAUCGAGCGCGUAGCGCGGGCGUCAGGGCGUCUUUCGGGACUGAGCUUUCUGAGCUAAACAGUCCUCGGUGGCGUCGUUCGGAAGUGCCGGUGUUUGAGAACUUCUAAGACGUUUUUGUGAAUUUUGAAGAAAUAAUUUUCCAUCUCUCUCGCUCAGUACGGCUAAAAACUGAAGCUGUAAUGCACCCAUGAGUGAGUAGUGUUGAUCUUGUACACCAAUGGCCUCUGUGCCAAUAAUUCCAGACUCUUACAACCAUGUGUUGGCAGAGUUUGAAUGUUUGGAUCCAUUGCUUUCUGCACUGAGGCUGGAUUCUAGUCGUCUGAAGUGCACGUGUAUAGCUGUGUCAAAGAGAUGGCUAGCUCUAGGCAGUUCAGGAGGAGGACUGAACCUUAUACAGAAAGAUGGUUGGAAGCAAAGACUCUUUCUCACUCAUAAGGAAGGUGCCAUUUCCCGGGUUGCCUGUUGUUUACAUGAUGAAGACUACGUUGCUGUUGCCACCAGCCAAGGUCUUGUAGUAGUCUGGGAGCUGAAUCAAGAACGUCGUGGGAAGCCAGAACGGAUUUAUGUUUCUUCUGAGCACAAGGGCAGAAAAGUCACAGCUCUAUGUUGGGAUACAGCUGCGCUUCGUGUUUUUGUAGGAGAUCAUGUGGGAAAAGUAUCAGCCAUCAAGAUUAACACUUCAAAACAAGGGAAGGCUGCUGCUGCUUUUGUGAUGUUUCCUGUUCAGAUUAUAACCACUGUAGAUUCUCGAGUUGUUCAGCUUGAUUAUUUGGAUGGAAGACUGCUCAUAUCUUCACUUACACGCACUUAUUUGUGUGAUACCGAGAGGGAGAAGUUCUGGAAAAUUGGUAACAAAGAGAGAGAUGGAGAAUUUGGAGCAUGUUUCUUCCCUGCUGGAAAAAACAGUGGUAAUCAGCAGCCUUUAAUAUAUUGUGCUCGACCUGGCUCAAGGAUGUGGGAAGUGAACUUUGAUGGGGAAGUGCAAAGCACACACCAGUUCAAGCAGCUGCUCUCAUCACCACCUCUCCCUGUUGUUACUCUCAGGCUGGAUCCUCAUUAUACUAGUUGCAGCUGCUCUCCACAAUCUUUAUCUUUCCCUAAGCUACUGUAUUUGACUGAGCACUAUGUGAUGACCUGGACAGAAAGAGGCAUUUAUAUUUUUCUUCCCCAAAGUGUUCAAGUCUUACUCUGGAGUGAAGUAAAAGAUAUUCAGGAUAUUGCUAUUUACAAAAAUGAGUUGUUCUGUCUGCAUACAAAUGGAAAAGUUGUGCACCUCUCCCUGCUGCUGGCAGACCGCUGUGUAGAGCGUCUGAUAAGAAGAGGGUUCUGGACACUUGCUGCUAGGGUCUGUUGUCUCUUCCAAAAUUCAAUCAUUUCUUCCAGGGCAAGAAAAAAUUUGCCUCUAGACAAGGUGGAGCAUCUGAAGUCUCAGCUGGAUGCCUCAACCCAACAAGAUCUUAUUACUCAGCUGGAAGAACUAAUUUCAAAGUUGGAGCCUCUAGAUUCUGCAUGCAGUAGUAGAAGGAGCAGUAUUUCCUCUCAUGAAAGCUUCAGUGUCUUAGACUCUGGGAUAUAUCGUGUUAUAAGUCGAAGAGGCAGCCAGUCAGAUGAAGAUUCAUGUUCUCUCCACAGUCAAACAUUCUCAGAAGAUGAGAGACUUAAAGAAUUUCCUGCACACCAGGAAGAUGAGCAAGGAGAGCUUGACAAUGUAUCUCAUGCAUCUGUGACGGUUGAGGCUGACCGGAAUGAGACAUUUCUCCCAUUCAGUAUUCCUUUGUCAUUUCGUUCCCCAUCUCCUCUCGUCUCUCUCCAAGCUGUCAAAGAAAGUGUUUCAAGCUUUGUACGCAAAACUACUGAAAAGAUUGGCACACUUCAUAUAAGUCCUGAUGCUAGAGUGAGGCAAGAAGCAAAGGAUGACGGGCAGCUGCAGGAGUUGACUGUUAAUCUGGCAGCACCUCCCCAGGAAGAGAGAGAGUUAGAACCACAGAGCUGCCAACUUCCAGAGAAGGACCAUUUGAGAGACCUGAAGGCUGCAACAGCAAAAGCUAUAGCCAAACUCCAGGAUCCCUUGGUUUUGUUGGAACCACAGUGUAUGAGAAGGGUUUUACAGGAAUGGCUUAUCUAUCUAGAAGAAAAGUUUGGCAACAAAGAGCCUUCUGCUUCCUCUGUUAAGGAAAGCAAGAGUGUGUGUGCAGAUGAAGAGGGGGCCAUCCUGGAGGAAAACCUAGAACUUGCUCCAAUUGAUAGAAACCCAGCAGUCAGGGAACAGUGUAGUAUCUUGGAAGACUGCACUGAAAAGGAAUAUACUGAUGAAACAUGCAUAAGCAAAACCAUGUGUAAAAACAGAACUGAUUUGAAGGAACCUGUGGAUUGCUACUUUCAAGUGUCUCCUCCGUGUGUCAUAGAACCAGAUGUUCAGAAGGACCUCACUGAGUUGACAACGCUCUGUUUUGAGCUGCGUAUAUUUUCUUGUGGAAGCAGUGAGGCAGAGAAAAGCUCUGACGGAGGUCUGCCACCAGCAGCUUCAUGGACCUUGGCCUGUAGGUUUAUGCGAACCUACUUCUUUCUUUUGGAUUUAAAAAGACUAAAGCAGUGUAUUAUAACCCUGUAUGCAACCUGUCCUAGUGUGUGGGAAACAUACAUAGCAGGAUUGAAAGAACUAACUUGGCACAGUCCAGUGGCUUUAGCAAUGGAAAAUGAAGAUAUGUUGAAAAUACUGAAACUGCUGCAUGACCUGGGGCCUUGGGAUGAUAGUCCACUGUUACUGGUACAUGCUCAAAGGCUUUAUGAAAAAUUUGGGGAAACAGCUCUUCGUCCCUUGAUCAAGUUCCACCCCUCUAUUUUGCCUUCUGAUAUUAAACAGCUUUGCAGGAAUGAUCCAGCUCACUUUUUAGCAUAUUUAGAUAGUCUGGUGAAAUCAAAGCCAGAGGAUAAAAGGUCAUCUCUCCUUAGAUCUCUUCUGCAGCCUGAAUCUGUACGACUGGAUUGGUUGUGCUUGGCAGUUUCUCAUGAUGCACCACAAAGAGCAAAUACUGUGGAUGUGGAAGGAAAUCCCAGGCCACGAUCACAUUUGUUUACUUGGGGCUACAGCCAGCUCAUUCUGCUUUUAAUUAAGCUCCCAGCUGAUUUUGUUACAAAAGAGAAGAUGGCUGACAUCUGUAAAUCACAUGGAUUUUGGCCUGGAUAUCUUUUUCUCUGUCUGGAGCUGGAUAGAAGAAUAGAAGCCUUUACUAAUAUUGCUUAUUUGGAUGAUUUGAGCCUGUUGAAUGGAGAAGAUGGUUCCCUUCCGGAGACAAUAGAAGAAUGGAAGUUUCUUCUGCAUCUUGCACAAAAGCACAGCCCAGCUUUCCAUCAUCAUGGCCCACAGAAUGGGAAUGCUGUCAGCAAUGGCAGCCCGAGCUGCCCAGACUGUGUCACUGUGGAAAAUGUAGCUCUCUUACUAGCAAAGGCCAUUGGCCCAAAUCGUGCCUUGCCUCUCCUGCAGGAGUGUGGCUUGACACUAGAGUUGUCCGAGAGAUUUACUGGUGUCUGUGAGAUACUGAGAAUUGCUGAGAAAAGGCAAAGAGCGCUGAUUCAGUCCAUGUUGGAAAGGUGUGACCGGUUUCUGUGGUCUCAGCAAGCAUAGAAAACAACUUGGAAAACUUUGGGAACGUUUUUUUACUGUAAUGAUUGUAUAUUAAAGUGCCUCUUAAACUUAAUGGACUCUUAAAUAAAUGAACUCCCUGUCUAAAAGUUCAGUUAUCUUGAGCCAGUCUCCAUCUGGCAGGUAUGUGACUGGGAACUGUUGACAGUUCUUCCAUAUUCUUUUGGAGAUGAGUUUUGAACUCUAGGACUUAAAUCAACACAACUCAGUAUGUAUAGUAAAAUUAGGCUUACAGAUUUCUGAGAUGAAAACUCCUGAAUUUAUUUUUAAGUCUGUACGACUUCAGUGUUAAGAAUGUGAGCCCCUAAGUAUUAAAUUACAGUGUAUAAGAUUUUUUUGUUUGCAAACAUGAGAAGCCAUUCCUUGGAAAUACCUAAGCCUCUACUCGUUUAAUUUUCCUGUAAAUUACAUUGACUUUUUCAAGUUAUUGUAAAAGUGCUUGUUAUCAUACCUUUUUUUUCUUAAAUUAUAUGGACUGAUCCUGCCAAUUUGAAAUGCAUUAAUUGAGCUAUGUCUUAAAAUGGGUGGAAAACAUUUUUCAUGAGUGCACUAAUGGUUAAGAAGCUACUUGGGAAAACAGACUGAUCCCCACCACAUCACAACCUCCUUUCAGGCAGUUGUAGAGUGAGAAGGUCUCCCCUCAGCCUCCUUUUCUCCAGACUAAACAACUCCAGUUGCCUCAGAUUCUCCUCAUAAGACUUGUUCUCCAGAUCCUUCACCAGCUUGGUUGCUCUUUGGGCCUGCUUUAGUACCAAAGUGUCCUUCUUGCAGUGAGGGGCCUGGAACUGAACACAGUAUGUGAGGUGCAGCCUCACCAGGGCUGAGUAUGGUGCUGAAUCACUCCUAGUCCAGCCUGUCCCGAUCCUUCUGGAGGGCCUUCCUACCCUCAAGCAGAUCGACACUCCCAUCCAACUUAGUGUCAUCUGCAAACUUACUGAGGGUGCACUUGAUACCCUCAUCCAGAUAAUUGAUAAAGAUAUAAACAGAACUGGUCCUAACACUGAGCCCUGGGGAACACCACUUGUCUGGCUGCCAACUGAAUUUAACUCCACUAAUGCCACAACUCUUUGGGCCUGGCCAUACAGCAAAGACUACACCUGUCCAAGUCAUGAGCAGCCAGUGUCUCCAGGAGAAUGCUGUAGGAGACAGUGUCUGUUAAAGGCUUUACUGAAGUCCAGGUAAACUUCGAUAAUUCAACCAUUAAUUUUGACAUUUCAGGAAGUAAGAAGACCAUGUGUCAUAUUUUAAUAAUCUUUUUUAAAGCUGAAGGUUUAGGUAAGUGUUUUUAGAUGGAUGCUGUUAGGACAGAAGUCUUUCUAAAUAUCUGCUAGAACAUGAAGAUUCAUAAAAUCAUCUGGAUUUUAUUUAGCAUUUACAGAGCGCUGCUUUGUACCAGCAGUCUUUCUGCAUUUAAUGCAUCUUUGAACAAGUUUUUUUUUAGGCUUCUAGUUUUGUCUCUUCACUAUAAAAUUCUUAUAUUUUUAGCAGAAGGCCAAGGCAUCUCAUCAAUAUUUUAUUUUCAUAAGUGUCAUUUAAACAAAAAAUGCAUGCAUUGGAACAGAAUUUUAUUAAAAUUCAUAUUUUUGUCAGGAAAUGACUAGAAAAUAUUUCUUUAUAAAGCAUAUUUUUAUGUAGUCUUGCAGCACUUGUGCUGCAAAAUAAUGCUUUUCAUCAAAAUAGGAUUUAGUAAUAACUUUCAGACUUUUGAGAGGUGCAGUCUGACUUCCAUCUCAAUUGCAAGAAAGACUAGUGUGGAGGGUUGGUUGCUCGACUAAAGGAAGUUAGAGACAACUGGUGGCAGGCAUUUAUCUGGUAACAUUAAUAUGUGUGGAAAAGCUAAUACAGAACUACUUCUAAAAGAGAAAACUUUAAAUCUUUUUUGGGGUUUAGAUUUUGAUGUUUGAAACAGCACAGAACUUUCUAUUAAAAACACCCCAUGUUGUUACAGUAAGACUCAGAAUAGGAGCCAGACACCUGCAGUGUGUGCUGGUUACACAAGCCAGAUGAUGUUGGAGCCUGUUCUCUUACCAGCCAAAUAUGCCUGCUGCUGCCUCACUGGCUGUUGCACUUAACUGUGUUUGAUGCAAUGUGUGAAUGUAGUACACCUUUAGCUGCUGAGAACUGUGAGGAAGUUGGCUGGCUUUCCAAGAAUGUACCUGGUUUACCUCCCUAUGUAAUGGUUCUACUUCAGUUGUUCUGUAUAUUUUAUAUACAGAGCAGUCUCUUUGUUUCUUUGGGGUUUUUGUACACUCAGUUAACUUUGGGUGAGGGUCUGUGUUUUUUUUAAUUUUUGUUUUUCUUUAAUAAAUCAUAACUUUACAUUUGGA